UGCCGAAAGCGGAAGCUCGACGCCGACCCUACGCCACUGCACUUCACCCAUUCAUUCAUGCGUGCUCUCUUUGUCUUCCACUUUCUUUCCUCCACUCGUCUUCCCUGCAAUGGCGACAUCAGCGAGACACGCCUUUCGGCGACCUCAUCGACUACUCGACAACUUCUGCUCUGCGACGUCUACAUCAUCACAAAAUGCACGAUUUGCAGAGACGCGAGCCCGAGGCCUUUCUCAAGAGCUGGACGUGGGGCGACGUGGGUUUGGAAGUACUGCACUUCCUAGAGGACACAUGGAGGCCAUACAGCGCUCGGGGCAGAGAAGUCAGCCAGGCAAUCUCAAGCGGAUACCGGCUCGCGACGCGGCGUUGAGGUCUUGGACGUCUGGAAGAGAAGAACGGUCUGGACGGCGGGGUAUGGCUACGAUCGCGCCGCAGAGUGGAGAAUAUGAGGCUGUCGUGGUUGGUGCGGGGCCUGCAGGCAUCACAUGCGUGGGCAACCUGCUGGAACGUGGCGUGCAGCCCAUCUUGUGGGUAGAUGAUGGAUUCGACGGGGGAAGAAUCAAUCGCAUGUACCGCGAGGUGCCGUCGAACACGAAGGUCAAGUUAUUCACGCAGUUUGCGGAGGCGGUGGCGCCGUUUCGGGAAGCGCUGGGAGGUGCGUCGCAGGAGGACAAGUUGCAGUUUAUGCGGGCUUUGGAGCAGGAGAAGGGGUGCAGGCUGAGCAAUGCGGCAGAAAUGUGUUUGGUUUUGACGGAGGGGCUCAGGAAUGCGAAGGGAUUGGAGAUGAAGCAGGGCCGAGUGGCUUCUGCUGUGGUUCAUUCUGAUACGGGGACUUCGACGUCUGAUACCCGAUGGACGGUCAACGUCGACGACACCCACCUGGUCACGACUUCGAACAAACAUCACAGCGUGCAGACCAAGCGCCUCGUCUUCUGCACCGGCGCAUCCCCCAACAACUCCCCGCUUCCCGUCCACGUCCCCAACAUCCGCAAUCUCGACCUCGACACCGCCAUCUCCCCCUCUAAAUUGCGAGCGGCCCUCGCAGCCGCAGGCUCCAACGUCACCAUCUCCGUCAUCGGCGCCUCUCACUCUGCCCUCAUUGUCCUCAUGAACCUCUACGGCCUUGCAGCAUCCUCUAGACCCGAUUUGCGUGUGCGCUGGUUCACGCGGCAUCCGCUGCGGUAUGCGAAGGAAAUGGACGGCUGGAUUCUGCGGGAUAAUACAGGGCUGAAAGGCGAUGCGGCGACAUGGGCGAAGCAGAACCUCGAACCUGACGUCUUUGCCAAAAGCGAUGUGAGCAAGUACUUCGAACGCAUUGACUACGAUGCUGGCGAGGAGGCAAGCGUGUUCGAAGAGCGAAUGCAAGGCUGCCAGUUCUACGUGCAGGCGAUUGGAUACUCGCGGGAUCCGUUGCCGGUGCUGCAUACGAGCGAUGGGAGGGCGAUUGAGCCUGUCUUCGAUCAUGAGAAGGGCAACUUUAACUAUGUGAGGGAGAAGAAGGCGGGGGAGCCGGAGGAGAUUGUGAGGUUGCCGGGCUUGUUUGGCGCGGGUAUUGCGUUUCCGGAGCGUGUCAAGGAUCCCCAUGGGAAUGUGGAGAUGGCGGUGGGGUUUUUCAAGUUUAUGCGGUUUGUCAAGCGGGUGAGUCCGGAGUGGAAUUAGCUGUAUAGAUGUAGAGUAGAGCUCAUAGAGAACAUGAAUGACUUGCACGUGAUAUUGAAC